GUCAGCCAAAAUGCAGUUACUGCUGGAUGUUUUUCUGCAAGACAUAUUUGUGUAACAGCACCAACAUUUGCUGCAGGUCCCAAGGGUGCAGAAGUGUCUUCUAUCUUGGAAGAUAGAAUCCUUGGCCAGUCAGCAGACGUCAAUCUAGAUGAGACAGGCCGUGUGUUAUCUAUUGGUGAUGGCAUUGCUCGAGUCUAUGGCCUCAAGAAUAUCCAGGCAGAGGAGAUGGUAGAGUUCUCAAGUGGUCUGAAGGGCAUGGCUUUGAACUUGGAACCUGACAAUGUUGGAGUUGUAGUCUUUGGUAAUGACAAGCUCAUCAAAGAAGGAGAUGUGGUGAAAAGAACAGGUGCUAUUGUGGAUGUACCUGUCGGCAUGGAGCUUCUUGGAAGGGUUGUGGAUGCUUUGGGAAACGUAAUUGAUGGAAAGGAAUCAUUCCCCGAACCUCCUGUGAAAGAACCUAUGCAGACCGGUAUAAAGGCAGUAGACAGUUUAGUGCCUAUUGGUAGAGGACAGCGUGAGCUCAUUAUUGGUGACAGACAGACUGGAAAAACAGCUAUUGCCAUUGAUACCAUCAUCAACCAGAAAAGAUUCAAUGAAGCUGAAGAUAACAAAAAGAAACUCUUCUGUAUUUAUGUUGCUAUUGGCCAGAAGAGAUCAACAGUUGCCCAGCUUGUGAAGAGGCUUACAGAUGCUGAUGCCAUGAAAUACAGCAUUGUAGUGUCUGCCACUGCUUCUGACGCUGCCCCGCUGCAGUACUUGGCUCCCUACUCGGGUUGUGCCAUGGGUGAAUUCUUCCGUGACAAUGGCAUGCAUGCUCUCAUUAUUUAUGAUGAUUUGUCCAAGCAGGCUGUAGCAUAUCGUCAGAUGUCAUUGCUGCUGCGUCGUCCUCCUGGCCGUGAAGCCUAUCCCGGUGAUGUCUUUUACCUGCAUUCCCGCUUGUUGGAAAGAGCUGCUAAGAUGAAUGACACCCAUGGAGGAGGUUCCCUUACUGCCCUCCCAGUCAUCGAGACCCAGGCUGGGGAUGUGUCUGCUUAUAUUCCAACAAACGUCAUCUCAAUCACUGAUGGGCAGAUUUUCUUAGAGACUGAAUUGUUCUUUAAGGGCAUUCGACCGGCCAUUAAUGUUGGUCUGUCUGUCAGCCGUGUGGGAUCUGCUGCCCAAACUAGAUCCAUGAAACAGGUGGCUGGUUCCAUGAAGCUGGAAUUGGCUCAGUACAGAGAGGUAGCUGCCUUUGCACAGUUUGGCUCUGACUUGGACCAAGCAACCCAGAAUUUGCUAAGGAGAGGAGUUCGGCUGACAGAAAUCUUGAAGCAGGGCCAGUAUGUACCCAUGGCCAUUGAAGAACAAGUGUGUGUAAUCUACUCUGGUGUGCGUGGAUAUCUUGACAAGCUGGAUCCCUCCAAAAUCACCCAGUUUGAGGCUGAGUUUUUGAAGCACCUGCGCAGCUCUCAGCAAGACCUCCUGAAAACCAUUGCUGCAGAAGGCAAAAUCAAUGAACAGGUGGAUGAGAAACUGAAACAAAUAGUCACCAGCUUUCUAACUGGAUUCCAGACAGCUUAG